GGAUGGCAGUUACGUGCGAGGAGGCGGUGCGGUGGGCGAGUACCGCGGUGGCACCCGCAUGUCCAUGCUCGGCAGUGGGUACUUGCCGGCGCCGGCGCCGCAGCCGCACCAUCCGCCACCGGCGGACCCGCCCCCCUUCAAGAAGAUACGGUUCGGCGUCGAGAGGCCACCACCCACGCCGCUGCCGGUCCAUCAGCCCCUCAGAGUCGAUACAAGAGUGCCGGUGAACGCGUAUAACGCGGUGGAGCUCUCGCCCAACCCCCCUUCCGAGCCUACUGCGGAAGAUAGCUUUCGCACCACCAAAGAUGACCUGCUGCAGCAGAUAUCGAAGGUGGACCGCGAGAUGGCGUUGUCAGAGGCGACCCUGGCCAAGUUAAAAAAGAAGCAAGAGGAGCUGGAACAGACCGCUUCUAAGCCAGCGAGGGCCGAGGAGCCCGAGGAAGCCGUGCCAAGACACAGGAGCUUGGCGCAGUGCGUGUACGCGGAUAACAGGAAAAAGGCGGCGUCGGCGCACGCACUUCUAUCGCACCUGGGCCCGCAGACGUUAUACCCGGUGUACAACCAGCCACAAGACACGCCUGUCUACCACGAGAACAUCAGGCGACACCGCACCUUCAGGAAACGGCUCGCCGCCCACAUACACCGGCUGAGGAGGGAGGCGGAGAAGGUAAUAGUCGCUGCGUUACAUAGUACAGGGGAUGACGGAAGACGUCUUGCGUUAGUCUUGCGUUAGUCUAGUCUUACUGGACUUACGUCC